UGUUGGUGUCUUUGCGGGACUUUCAAGACAACAAGGGCGACGUGAUCGCCAAAUACACCCCGGACGAGGCGCGAGCGCUCAAGUCCUUCGGAGAACUUCCGGCAAAUGCCAAAAUAAAUGAAACGGAUGCUUUUGGAGAAGAAGACAACGCGGGAGGUGGGAUCGAGUUCCAGGAGUCGGGAUCGGGAUCGGGAUCCGCCAGCGAGGACGACGAGCAGCAGCAGGACCUCGACGUCGACGACCAGCUGCAGCUGCUGCUGCAGCUGCUGCUGCAGCUGCUGCUGCAGCAGCUGCUGCAGCGGGGGGUGGGUGUGGAUCUAAAAAAAGUGAUUUACCAAACUCGGAAGGAAGGAGUUGGCGGGCAACACGGAGCAGCAGCUGCUGCUGCUGUUGCUGCUGCUGCUGCUGCUGCAGACGUUUGGACAAGCAGCGGCGAGAAUUGUGGCGCUAGCAGCAGCAGCAGCAGCAGCAGCAGGGGAAGCAAUAGACAUUUAGGGCUUAGCAGCCGCCAGUUUGCUGCUGAGGUCGUGUAG